GUCAUCUUUCAGAUUGUCAAUUCAAAGAAGACGAUCAGAUCUAAUUGACUCGAGAGAGAGAGAGAGAGACGUAUGUUUGGGAGGCUGAGACCACCGCCGUCGCCGCCGGAUUGUCUGGAGAGAUAUCCGGCGAAGAUCAUCAAAGACGAUCCUCUCUCCGUCUACGAGUCAACACUGUUGAAACUUAAGCAAGGGUCAACAAGACAGGACACUACUUCAUCAGAAACAGAAGGUGAAGAGAAUCUGUCAUCAACAUCAUCGUCUCAUGUCUUGUCUUCGGAUACACAAUUAGGAGACACUCAUGAUGCAAUGGCUAUAGACUCGUGUGAAAGCUCGAAACAGAUAAAGAGCAAGAACCCAUCAGUACUAUCCAUGUUUAGCAAGUACAAGAAUCAAGCUCAAGCACGAAACAUGAAGACAGAGACUCAGGAAUGAUUUGUAAACAAAUGUAUCCCAAGUUCAUGUGUGUUGUACUUUGAUUAUGUACAAUUUAACUACAUUGUUAGUAAGGAGUCUAUAUAGAUGCCUGUAUCAAAACAUCUCUCAAUCAUGUGUUUAUUACUUUAGCCUAAACAAGCUUUAUGAUCUUUAACCAACGGUGUUGAUAGUACUGGUCAUGUAGGGGUUCAUCCAUAACUAAACGUCUAAA